AUGAGUCCGGAUCCCAAUAAAUUAGCUUCGGGCAGUGAGACUCAACCGGGCGCGGACAAUGUACCAGCAGCAGAAACGACCGACGUGGUAGCCAUUUCAGUGUCGAGCCGGAUACCAGAUUUCUGGGUGGACCAGCCCAGAGUUUGGUUCAUCCGGACGGAAGCAGUAUUAACACCACAGCGGAUAGGGGACGACGCCAAAUUCGACAUGGUGGUGUCGAAGCUGCCAAAGGACGUAAUACUGCGGCUGGCGGAUUUUCUGACAAACCCGCCCGCCACCAACCGAUAUCAGGAGCUUAAGGCGAAGCUCUUGAAGAUGUUGGAAGAUUCCAAAAACAGGCAAGUAGAGAAGGUCCUCGGGGAAAUGGACCUGGGCGAUCAAAAACCAUCCCAGCUAUUGGCCAAGAUGCGCAACCUGGCUAAGGACAGCUUCCCCGAUGCCACACUGAGAAUAAUGUGGCAGAAUCACCUACCUACGGCAGUGCGCGCAGUUUUGGUAGCAUCCAGGGAGAGCGAUCUUGACACACUGGCCAACAUCGCCGAUGACGUAUCGGAAGCCACUAGAAUCCCGAACGUGGCAGCAGCGGCAGUACCACAGAAAUGA